AUUUCUAUCAAACAGGGGCUAUAUCUUCUUUCUUUGUUUGUUUCUCAGAUCUAGUAUUCUCUAUUAUACCACGUCUAGUUACGUGGUACUACUUUGGCUCUAACAAAUAAGCAUCCUAUUCCACUCAAGGCAAAGUGAAAAGAUGGAACCUAAAAAUAUUGUUGUAGGUAGUGGUACUACAGAUAUAAGAGAGCUCCUGGCCUUUCCUUUUGGGUUGCUGAGUUUGGUUAUAGGGGAAGAUUGCGAAGAGAGAGGGAGAAAUUUCUAACUGUUCUAACUCUGUUGUAUAAUUUCAAGGAAAGAGAUGUAUAUUAAAACCAAUAAGCACAUUAUUGUUGAUAACUUAAUAUAUGACUUUUCUUGACAUAGCUAACAUCUCACUAGCUAUCGGUAAAAAGGGAAUUUGAAUAGCAUCCGCCUGGAUUGUCUAGACAGGCACAACUGGUUGAAGUUUUCCGGAUUAAGAAUUUGUUACCAGGGCUUUUUGUGGUUCCUUUAUGACAUCUAUCUAUUGGUGCAUAUUACAUUGAAUAUUUCUAAUUAAUUUUGUUGCUUACUUCGGAUGUAUCAAAUAGGAUUAUGUCAUUCUCUUUAGAAGGACCUCGAGCUAUUUGCAUUAUUUUGGCUGUUGGUUUGAUCUCAAGUGUUACACUUCGGCAGCCUAAUUCAUCUGGGAAUACCUUGACUUAUGAGGGUCGGUUUGAAAUUCUCCCUCUGUCUGGAUCUUUUACUCCUUUUGACACAGAAGAGUUUAGAUCUGGCGUCAUGAGCACCUCUUUGGCAAGUCCUGAUGGUCGUGUUAUGGAAGGUUUGAUUGCUGCUAGUCCUGUACAGGUGAUUGUGGGCAGCUUUCUACCGAGCGGCCACCCCCAGUUAAAACCCAAGAAGCCGAAUGCAGAACCAGCAUUGAAUAUGAAUGCAUUAAUCCCCGUUGGUAUCCCUCGUUCUUCCAAUGUGGAGAAUAAGUGCUUCAGCGCUGGCAAUAUGGUGCCUCAAUCUACGACCCAGAUGAAUAAUUGGGCAGCUGUUCCCACUCCAGAAAACUCGAGCAAGUCCAGUGCAAACAUCAAUAUAUCCUUGCAGGGAUAGUAAUCUCAUGGACAGCAAUCAGUUCAACCAUUUUAUGGACUCUUCAAAAUCUUCAUCUUGUUCCCAUUAUACAUCUAAAACAGAUCAUCAUCAUGCAUUAGUGUAUUUUACCAGGUUCUCGGAUAUCCUUUUUUCCUUGUCUGUUUAUUAGGAAGGAGAGUUGAAAGGUGGAGUGAAUUGUUGAAAGUUAACAACUUUGGGUUCAAAUGGCAAAUAUAAGAUCCUACUUAAUAAAGGGACAUAAUUAUGUAAAUAAAAGCACUAAAUAAGGGAUUAAGACGUUGCGACUUA